AUAAAUCAUGCGGUGUACAGCGUGGAAAGCACAGUAGUUUCCGAAUGAUGGUUCCUGACAGAGCCCUGACCUGCCUCUUCUUUGUGGUCAUCAGUGAUCAUGUGUUUUCAGCUCCGGCUGAGCAACCAAAGUCAGUUCCAACUUUUUCGGCUCAAGGCUCUGUUCCCAGAUUUGUUGAUCCCGGCGUAGGUGAUCCACUCUCGUUCCUAUCCUCAUCCUCCGUUUCAUCCCACACCUCUCGAGUUCGUCGAAGUCCUUUGGAGUUCAGCCAUCCUCUUCACAUUGGAUCAUCCAUUUCGUAUUUUCGGUCCCCGGCAGAGAUUCAACCCACGUCUAUGUCGUAUGCGCCAUCUCGACCCCGAAAUCGUAUCCAGACCCGCCGAACACUCCCGUUCCAAUUGGUGUCCCAACCUCUUUUGGGGUACGCCCACUCACGUUCCUAUGUCGGUGAACCCCGACCGGUUCAAAUAUCUGAUUUCCGAUCCGGUCCGAGCAUGUCUGGAUAUGAGAGCGACCCAUCUGAAAGCCAGGACACAAUGAGUGGAUUCGAUUCUGAGGCGACUGAUGAUGAUGAUGAUCAAAGUGACCCACGGACUCGAGCUUCCGCCCAUCGAACUCGAGCCAAAGCGGCGGAUAUUCUGUCCAUGUUGAAUAGUUUAACUGAGGAUCUUCAGAACCAGAAACAUCGUCUGAGAUUCGGCUUCUUCUAGGUGGCAGAGGAGCCUCAGCCAAGUUAUCCAAGCAAAACUCUUCAUCUCGUAUUCAUCUUAUUUAUCUUGUCAAUGUGUACAAAAUGUUUCAUCACGAUACAUAAUCAAUAUACGGAUAUAUUGAUAGCGUCCCAUUCCAUGGUCACGAUGAGAGUGGAAACAUUCAACUGCAACCUGUCACACCUGAGGAACAAAGAGGAUUCUCGAACUACUACAAACAACUACGUUUUGGUCCAUUUUCAACCAUUCAUUCGGCAAUUUGAUUGAAUCUGCUUUCGUACUGUAUGGUUCUCUUAAUUCACUCAUGAGAGGUAGUUUUACGUUUAUAUUUAGCUGUGGUGGAAUUUAGUUCUUAAAGAAUAUAUUUGUGGCAGCUA